GGACUUCCUGCAGGGCUGCUGUUGGAUGGCCGAAGCCUGUAGGUGACACGUAUCUAAAAUUAAAGGCACCAUGUAGGCCGCGCUGCUCUCGCUGGCACUUUUAGAAAAAAAAAGCCUCCUGCAUGUUACCUUUGGCCUUCGCUGGUUAAAUCGGCUCGUCCAUCUACUCAACUUACGUAGGAAAGAGAAGUUUAGCAUUUCUGAAGUCUGCCCUGCCAGUUUCCUCCAAACGGGGAACAAAUAAAGAAGAAAAAAAAAGACGGGACAAACUUGGCAACAUAGUUCUGCAAGUAGUAAUAAUUAUAGAUGUUAGGGUUUUUUUUGCAUAAGUAAGUUGGUCGAUGGAGAGUGUUUCGGUUGCAACUGUUUAACUUGAUCCCUUAGUGACGGUUUUAGUUAUGCAGGAGGAAAAUUAAAAAGGACAAACUCCAAAAAAAGGUAGGGGGGCGGGGGGAGUUUGUGAUUUGGCUCGGUAAGUUUCGGCGGAGGUUUGGGGGCUGCCUGCUCGGGAGGAUUGCACUGGAGAAUGGGAAACGGAGUUUGCUCCAGGAGGCAGAAGCGGGUCUUCCAGUCCCUGCUGGUUCUCACCGUGGUCUUCGGCAUCAUUUACGGGGGCAUGUUCUCCUACGAGCUGCACAAGCAGCUGAAGCGCACCGAGGUGCUGGCGCUUAAGUAUCAGCAGCACCAAGAGUCUCUGUCGGCGCAGCUGCAAGUUGUGUAUGAGCACCGGUCCCGGCUAGAGAAGUCCCUGCAGAAGGAACGUCUGGAGCACAAGAAGGCCAAAGAAGAUUACCUUGUGUACAAACUUGAAUCUCAGCAAACCCUGAACAAAGAGAAGCAAGAUUCCAGCACCAGGUUUCACUCCCUGCAUGUUCAGCACCAGAUGUUGAAGAACCAGCACGAUGACUUAAAGAAGCAGUUUUUCGAGCUUCAGGAGAAACACCAGGUCCAGAGUGAAGACCAUGGCAAGGUCCUAGAGGACCACAGGCAGAAAUUUGAUGAUCUACAGCAGACCAAGGAACUGGAGAUCUCUAGGCUCAAAGAAAGUGCGUAUAACCUCAGAGAGGAGAACAAGCAGCUGAGGAAGGCCCAUCAAGACGUUCACAUACAACUGCAGGAUGCCCGGCAUCAACAGAAGAAUUUAAAGUCUUCUCAUGACCAACUUGCACUGACACUAGAAGACCACAAGAAUGCGCUGGCAGCUGCACAGUACCAAGUGGAGGAGCUGAAGAGGCUGAAGCCCGCACUUGGCCCGCAGCAGGCGAACCGGCCGACCCAAGCCACGGCAUCCAGGACCUUCUUCGACCACAAGGGGGAGCUCCAGGCCCACAGGGUGAUGGACGCGAAGUUAGAGCGCACGCAGCCACAGGACCCCCGGGAGGAGAAGCCUGUGGAGGAACGGCGGACAGAGCUGGCGGAGGAGGAGAGGGCACAAGUGGGGCAGGCCCAGGAAGAGGAGAAGGAGGAGGGAGAGGAGGAGAGGGCACAACCCAACCAGCCAGACGAAAAUGCCCUUGAGCACGAGCGCGGUCUGCACCAGGAAACGGCGGGGCAGGGCCCGGCUCCGGCCCAGGGGCGGGUCAAGUCUGCCUACGAAGCGCAGCUGGAGCAGCAACGUCUGGCUGCGCAGCAGGUUGAGGAGCGCAGGCAGCUGCAACUGCGCCAGGAGGCCCUGCACCAGCAGCGGCUGCGUGAGCAGGCGGAGCGGGAGCGCCAUCUGCGCCAGCUGCGGGAGCGGGAGGAGGAGCAGCACCGUCAGGCCGACCACAGGGAGCAGCUGCUGCGGGAGGAGCAGCUGAGGCGCAGGAGUCAGUACGAGAACAUGGACGCGGAUAUCGGUCGGGGGAAAGACCAGCCUCACGAUGGGCCAGAGCGAGAGACGGACACCCAGGCUCUCCACCAGAAGGAGGUGAAUGAGGAGGACCAGGAGGACCAGCAGCAGCAUCACCAGAGUCCGGCUGAGGAGCUGAACCCAGAGGACGACCCGAACAACCAGGGUGAAGAUGAGCUGGAGGAGGCAGGACAGCAGCAGCAGAUGGUUGGAAACCCAGACCAGCAGGAGGACAACCUUGACGAGCAGUACCAAGAGGAAGGAGAAGAUGAGGUCCAGGAGGACUUGGCAGUGGCAGCGGCACAUCAGAAGCAAGAAGGGGAGGAGGAGGACGAGGACCCUUACAACGAGGAAAAUGGAGAGGGCGAUGAUGCAAGGCGUGACGCGGGGAAGGCGGGCAAGGAGCUCAGGAAGGACGUGACGGCCAACGAGGAGGACAACUAUGAAGAGGAGGACGGGGAAGAGGAAGUGACGAAGAACUCGCGGACCAAUCGUAGAGCUGAGAUGUGAGAGGCGGGAGCGUAGAGAGAGACUGAACACAGUGCCUUCCGCUGAACAUCGCCAUUCCCUCAGGGUUUUUUAUUUUUUUCUAAUAUAUUUUUUUUCCUUUUUGAAAGUGGAGUGGGGGGGGGGAUGUUUAUGUAGAACUCUCCAGUACAGUAGGUGUCCUGUAUUCUGGUUGACUGGUUCGUGUUGCAUCCGUCUGGGUUCGGAAUCGAUAAUGAUUGAGGUCACGUUUCUCCAGAGGCCUGGGCAUAAGCGGUUCCAUGUGUGGUCAGCUAAGUCCGUGGAUCUUUCUGGUCCAGUUGAUACCAACCACCACUUGAAACAAAUCGCCAUGUUCCAAAUGAUGAUGGCUGUAAGGUCGACGCAUUAGCCAAGAUGCUCAUGUUUUUGAUUUGUAUGUGAAGGUUUGUAUUGAUCUAUUUAAUGAUGUAUUUAAUUCUUCAGAUGUUGUUUCUGACAAUCAUGUCUCCUCCACUACAUAUAUGUGUAAAAGGAGGGUUACUAAGCAACCACUUCUUUGAUCUGAUUCGCUGCAGCGCUCCCCAAACUUCUAAACGUACCCAAACCCGACAAUUAAACUACUGAAUGUGGCUGGCAGUGCAUGACAGCCUGGCACGCGAUCGCUCACAUGUGUGUCACGUUUGUACAGGCGCGGUGGGGGACGCCCGUAAUCGCGCGCUUUUGCUGACAGCGGAAUACAAAAAUCCAUAUUCCAGAGGCUGGAAGACUGUUAUGACCGUGUAGCUGAGUGGAGGAAUGAGGCAGAGUGGUGAGCUGUUGGUUGCUGUAAAUUUUGGGAAAUGCCCCCUCCCCCCCCCCCCCCAUUAAUCAUUGACCUACACCUUCUCCAUGCUGCAUGUAGUAAAUUCAGACCGCAAAGGUACCGUAGCAGUGGUAAAGGUGCUGAAGGUGGCUGGCGAGAUUCAAUCCUUGACACUAGCAGCGCCUGAUCUGUGCCCCUCCAAUAGUUAGCUGUCCUGCGUGGUGCCUGAUGGUCCUUCCCUGCUGUGGACCCUCACACACUGUAAUCUGCCCAUUUUCACAUCAAAAGUGUCAGCUGGCCUCCAGGGGUGUGAUUUUAUUUUAUUUUUUUUAUUUUAUUUUAUUUUUAGUAAUUCAAUUAAAAGGAGGUAUUUUAUACUGUUUGUGUUUAUAUGAGGGAUAAAUGUGGCUCUCGCCUUUUAUAACGGGAAAACCUUCUGCUAUUUAUUUCAGAUAUAAUCUCAAAUCCUUUAUCAGCUGUUUGUUUUUAAGUCCCCAUAACUAUGCGGAGGAUUGUAAAGGGCGGAGAUGCUAAACAAUCGAUUCCUUUAAUCGCUCACAUUCUGCUGUAAAAUGUGUAGAUGAAUAAAUAUCAUUUUGUACGUA